AUGGAGGAUAAGGUGAAGUUGCCUUUACUUAGAAAAACACCUCCUCUUCUUAAUGAGUUAUUAGAUCCUCUUGGUGGACAACGAUCUAAAACAUUUAGAACUCAAAUAAGGAGUUAUAAUGCAAUGUUUGCAAUGACAUCUAUGGGUGGCAAGGUGGAUAAUAGAGUUAACGAUGGUAGAGGCCCAUACAUUUUCAGACUUAAUGGUCAAACCCAUCAUAGGAUUGGAACACUUCUUCCUAAUAAUGUUGAGGACCCACAAUUUGCACAGUUAUAUUUCUAUGAUACUGAAAAUGAAGUCCAACAUAGAAUGAAUGCCUUUAGUAGCAGUACAGCUAAUAAAGACCUUGAUCCAUCUAUUGUUGAUGCAUUGGUCAAAAUGUUUGAUGAGUCAAACAAUUUGGUGAAGAUAUUUCGUAUGUCUAGAGAUCGUUUCAUAGAACGUGAUAUUCAUCAUUUAAGAUUACGUCUUAUUGGCUCACGAAGUACAGAUGGAAGAGAGUACAAUCUUCCUACAUGUUCUGAAAUUGCUGCAAUUAUUGUUGGCGAUAUUGGUGUUGAUAAUGCAUUUCAUGAUAUUAUUGUGGAAUUAAAAGUAGGAGGGUUACAUAGGAUCAAUGAGUUGCAUCUGUCAUACAUGGCAUUGCAAUAUCCUCUUUUAUUUCCAUAUGGUGAGGAGGGCUUCAGGCUUGGCAUAUUGUACAGAAAUAUAGAUGAGACCAGAUCUGACACAAAUAACUUCGUUACUAUGAGAGAAUACUAUGCAUUUAGAUUGCAAGAGCGGGAUGGUGAGGGACAUACAUUAAUUUCUGGUGGCCGAUUAUUUCAGCAAUUUGAUGUAGAUGCCUAUACAUGUAUUGAGGCAAUAAGACUUAUGUGGGUGAAAAGUAAUCAAGAAAAGUUGAGGAUUGAACUGUAUAAUGGAUUGAAGGAUGCAGUUAUGAGAGGUGAUACCACCCCUGCAUCUGCUGGGAAAAGAUUUGUUUUACCUUCAAGUUUCACAGGAGGUCCAAGGUAUAUGAUCGAAAAUUACCAAGAUGCAAUGGCGAUUUGUAGAUGGGCUGGCUACCCAGAUUUGUUCAUUACCUUCACAUGCAAUGCAAAAUGGCCGGAAAUUGAGCUUUUCCUAUCUAGGAAACCUGGGCAGAAAAUUGAAGACCGACCUGAUGUGGUUGCAAGAGUAUUUAAGAUAAAGCUUGAUCAACUUUUAAACGAUUUAAAGCAUGGUCAACACUUUGGAAGAGUAAUUGCAGUUGUCUAUACAGUUGAAUAUCAAAAGAGAGGCCUACCUCAUGCACACAUAUUGCUUUUUCUGCAUAAUGAUGACAAACAUCCUACAGCAGCAGAAAUUGACAAGAUAAUCUCAGCAGAAAUUCCAGAUUUGAAAAAGGAACCGCUGGCUUAUGAUGCUGUCAAACAAUACAUGGUACAUGGUCCUUGCGGAUCUGUAAAUUCAAAGGCAAGUUGUAUGAUUGAGAACAAAUGUGUGAAACACUUUCCUAAGAAAUUUUGUUCUCAAACCACAAUUGAUAAUGAUGGUUUCCCAAUCUAUAGAAGAAGGAAUAAUGGAAUAUAUAUUGAAAGAAAUGGAGUCAAACUCGAUAAUCGAUAUAUAGUUCCUCAAAAUAUUGAUUUAUUGGUGAAAUUUCAAGCUCACAUAAAUGUCGAGUGGUGUAAUCGUUCAAGGUCUAUCAAAUACUUAUUCAAGUAUAUUACGAAGGGACCUGAUCGUGCAACUUUGAUUCUUGAAGAAUUUACAUGUUGA